UGAGACUUCAAGAAUUAACUAGUCUCCCAGCAUCAAUGCCAGAAGAUUUGAGGAUUAAGGCUGAAAUUGAACUGAGAGCUUUAAGGUUAUUAAACUUCCAGAGAUCACUAAGAGCAGAGGUUAUUGCAUGCAUGCAAAAGGACACCAUGUUGGACACUGCUUCACUUGCAAAAAAGAGACCAAAAAAAUUUAGUUUACGUGAAGCGAGGGCUACGGAGAAAUUGGAGAAACAACAGAGGCUUGAGGCAGAACGAAAAAGACGCCAGAAACACCAGGAGUUCCUAAAUGCUGUUCUUCAGCAUGGUAAAGAUGUUAAGGAAUACUUCCGGAACAAUUAUGCGCGGAUACAACGUCUUAAUCGUGCUGUCAUGACUCACCAUGCUAAUGCAGAGAGGGAACAAAAGAAGGAGCUAGAGAGGAGAGCAAGAGAGAGAUGGAGGCGACUAAUGGCAGAAGACGAAGAAGGCUACAGAAAACUGAUUGAUCAGAAGAAAGAUAAACGGCUGUCACUCCUCCUCCAGCAGACUGAUGAGUACAUAGCAAAUCUAAAAGAUAUGGUGAAGCAACACAAAGCUGAGCAGUAUCGUAAACGGCGUGAAGAAGAGAUGGAACAGAAGAAGAAACGGAAGAAGUGGAAACGUGUUGUUGAACCAGAAAUGAUUGACAGCCUGCUUGAUGAGAGUUCUCAGAUGGCUGAUAGACUUGCGUUGUUACAUACAGCUACUGGUCAGAUGUUGCGUGGGGACCAGAUGCCAUCAGGUGGUCAACUACAGACUUGGUUGGAAUUGAAUCCUGGAUGGCAAGUUGUAUAUGACGAUGAGAAUGGUGCCGAUGAUGAUAGUGACAAUGACUCACAGCAAGAUGAAGAUUAUCGAGGGUUGUGUGAUGAAAUUGUGCCUGAUUUACACAAGAACGAAAACCAACACAUGAGAACUGGAGAGAAUUUAUCAGAUGAGGAGAUGAUGCAGGCAGUAAUUCAGAAAGCUAAAGCUGAAGAUGAUGAAUAUAAGAACACUACUGAAGAACAGACAUAUUACAGCAUUGCUCAUUCAAUUAAUGAAAAAAUUACGGAACAAGCAUCCAUAAUGGUGAAUGGGAAACUAAAAGAAUAUCAAAUACGAGGUUUGGAAUGGCUUGUGUCUCUGUACAACAACAGCCUGAAUGGUAUAUUAGCUGAUGAAAUGGGUUUGGGAAAAACAAUACAAACAAUAGCAUUAAUAACAUAUUUGAUGGAGAAAAAGGAAGUUCAUGGACCGUUUCUUAUUAUUGUCCCACUUUCCACGCUGUCAAAUUGGGUGCUAGAAUUCGAGAAGUGGGCACCAUCAGUGUGUGUGGUAGCAUACAAAGGAUCCCCUUCCAUUCGACGCAGCCUGCAGACCAAAAUGCGAACUUCAAGAUUUAAUGUACUGCUAACAACCUAUGAAUACAUAAUAAAAGAUAAAUCAGUUCUUUCAAAGUUUCGGUGGAGGUUUAUGAUUAUUGAUGAGGGUCAUCGCAUGAAGAAUCAUCAUUGCAAAUUGACUCAGAUUUUGAAUGCGCAUUAUAAUGCACCACACAGACUCCUACUGACAGGAACACCUUUACAGAAUAAGCUGCCAGAAUUGUGGGCAUUGCUUAAUUUCUUGCUGCCAUCUAUUUUCAAGUCUGUGAGCACAUUUGAGCAGUGGUUCAAUGCACCAUUUGCUCUAACUGGUGAAAAGGUUGAAUUAAAUGAGGAAGAGACAAUACUAAUUAUACGUCGUCUUCACAAAGUUCUACGCCCAUUUUUGUUAAGACGACUGAAGAAAGAAGUGGAAUCUCAGUUACCAGAUAAAGUUGAAUAUAUAGUUAAGUGUGACAUGUCUGGACUUCAGCGUGUUUUGUACACUCACAUGCAGAACAAGGGAGUGUUGUUGACAGAUGGCUCAGAAAAAGGAAAGCAAGGUAAAGGUGGCACAAAAGCACUUAUGAACACCAUUAUGCAACUUAGAAAAUUAUGUAAUCAUCCUUUCCUGUUUCAACACAUUGAAAAGGCCUACUGCGAUCAUAUUGGUUAUCAAGGAAGUGUUAUAGUAGGACCAGAUCUUUGCCGAGCUUCUGGGAAAUUUGAACUUCUGGAUCGUAUCCUGCCAAAAUUGAAGGCAACAAACCACAGAGUCCUUCUGUUUUGCCAGAUGACACAACUCAUGACAGUUAUGGAAGAUUAUUUGGGAUGGAGAGGUUUUCGUUAUUUACGCCUAGAUGGAACAACAAAGGCUGAAGAUAGAGGAGAACUUUUACGGAAAUUUAACGAUCCUGGAUCAGACUACUUCGUCUUCCUGUUGAGUACUAGAGCUGGUGGUCUCGGCCUCAAUUUACAGUCAGCAGAUACAGUUGUUAUCUUUGACUCUGACUGGAAUCCUCAUCAGGAUUUGCAAGCUCAAGACAGAGCACACAGAAUUGGUCAGAAGAAUGAAGUCCGUGUCUUACGUUUAAUGACUGUUAAUUCUGUAGAAGAACGUAUCUUAGCAGCUGCUCGUUACAAAUUGAAUAUGGAUGAGAAAGUUAUACAAGCAGGGAUGUUUGACCAAAAGUCCACAGGUUCUGAGAGACAGCAGUUUCUGAAGAGCAUACUACAUCAAGAUGAAGCAGAUGAUGAGGAGGAAAAUGAGGUACCAGAUGAUGAAACAGUCAACCAAAUGAUAGCACGUGGUGAAUCUGAGUUUGAGCUUUUUCAAAAGAUGGAUGCAGAGCGAAGGCAGACAGAAAUGAGCAGUGGUGGACAGUGCAAACCUCGACUGAUGAGCGAGGAUGAACUUCCUGCUUGGCUUGUGAAAGAGGGUGAUGAGGUAAGGAAUUGAAGGUGGUGGUUCGAGGAAGAUGAACAUAGUUAUGGAAGAGGUUCAAGACAGCGUAAAGAAGUUGAUUACUCUGACCGUCUUACUGAUAAAGAAUGGCUGAAGGCACUGGAAGAGGAUGAAGAAGAUGGUGAAGAGGAACAAGCAGUGCAUCGAUCAAACAAGAAACCACGCAAACGUCAGCGGCUUGACCUUCCGGUCUCACCAGCACCCAACAUUUCGGGGGAACCUCACAAGAAACGCCGUAAUCGUGAUCAAGUCUCCAAUUUAGAAGCAGUAAAUCUGAAGUUGCAGAUGAAAGAAUUACUUGAUGUUGUUAUAGGUUAUGCUGAUAGUGAUGGCCGUUACAUAAGUGAGCCAUUUAUGGAACUGCCUUCGAGAAAGGAACUUCCUGACUAUUAUAAAAUCAUAAGGCGGCCUCUUGAUAUUAAAAAGCUUAAGCAAAGGAUUGAAGAUAACAAGUAUGUGUCUAUGAAUGAUCUAGCUAAAGAUUUUAUACUGAUGUGCCGUAAUGCCCAGAAAUACAAUGAAGAAGGUUCAUUGAUUUAUGAAGAUUCUAUUGUUCUUGAAAGAGUGUUCACUGUGGCAAGACAGCGAAUGGAAUCUGGUGACUGCAGUACUACACAAGUAAAACAUGAAGAUAAUGAUAUUGUUGUUGUCCAGCCUGAGGAGGAAACCGUGAAACUCCGUAUAAAGUUGAAAGGGCUUGGAAACAGCAUAAAUUAAGCCACUGAAAUUGUGAUUUCAAGACAUCCAUGAAAAAACUUAUUGACGCUAAACAGGAAGGAUCUUUUGAAAUAAGGAAGAAGAUACCUAGGAAAAAUGAGCAAAUAAAGACUUACAGCACUUUUUUAUUUUAUGUUUAUCAGUUAGAAAAAUGCUGAAUAGGUGAAACAGUUUAAAUAAUUGAGAAAAAUUUGACUUUCAAACAGGUAUUUUGUCUGAUCUCAACAAUUUUUUUCUGCUACUGCCCAGGCUGAGUGAAAGUAUUGUGAAAAUUGAGAAAAGAUCAGAUUCGUACAGUUCCCCUUAUAGCUUUAGUUUUCUGUUCUGGUAUGAGAGCAUAAUGCUAGUUGAUCCUUACUUUAUUUUUUGUUUUUUAUGUCUGUUAAUUAGAUGAUACUGAUAAUUCUCUUCCAGUAUUAUUUUCUAUGUGCGAUAUAUCUAUCAGCAUGAAAUUACUUCAUUUAUAUCUCACUUUAUAAUAUAGUUAUCAUUGUUUUCAUCUUGAACAAUAUGUCAUCAGAUUUUCAUUUAGUUAAGAGAGUUCUUGAGCAUCAUACUGUGAGUGACAAUGAAGAGCAUGACAUAAGCACUGUGAGCAUUCAAAAACAGAAGCACAUACAUUUUGCUUUAUUGCUCUGUUGUUAUUACAAAGAGUAUUUUGUAUUAUUAUUAUUACUUAAUUAAUUUUCAUUAACUACUGUGGAAAAACUGUGAAAAUAUAUUUUGAUAGGAAUUAGUAUUUUUAUACAUGCUGACUAUUUCAAUAUCUUUUUUCAGUACAAAGGAAGAAGACUGUGCUUCUCUAUGAUAUGUACAUGAGCCACAAAAAGAUUCUUCUCUUCGUGUUAUUAAUGACAAGAUGUGCUAUAGUCUUUACUUAGAGAAAUUGUAUUACACAUACUAGAAAUGGCUUUUACUUGAAUUGAUUAUUGUAUACAUGGACAUUGACUUAAGAUAUUUAACAAAAUCUGAAGUUUCAUACCUUACAUGACAUUUUGAUAUUGUAUAUUAAUUGUUAAUUAACUCUUUGUGAUGUCUUUGUGAUUACAAAAAAUUACUACUUCUGCUUGUUGAAUUGGUGUGACUGGCAUGGACAGGUGUAUGGGCUACAUAAAUAUGGUUUUUUGUAUGUGUGUGUGUGUGUGUGUGUGUGUGUGUGUGUGUGUGUGUGGCAGAGAUAUGCUAAAUGCUAACUAUGCAUUUACUUUUCAGUAUUACAUACUAGGUUUUCCUUUGACUGACACUCUUAUAUAUCUGUCAUUAUUUUAUCUGUUAAUUGAUGUUUGAUGUUUCUCCUGUCAUCAUGUUUCAUUAAUGGAAUCUCAUUUGAUGAGUUUCCAGAAGAGACUUCAGCACUCAUUCAAUUGAAACUUGCUGACAGGUUAAAGCUGUGUCAGACAAAGACUUGAACCUGGGACCGUUGCUUUUUGUGGACAGUGCUCUACUGACUGAAGCAUCAAAGCACAACUCACGACAUGCUCUCACAGCUGUCUCCCACCAGUACCUGGCUCCAACCUGCCAAAUUUAACAGAAAUUCUGUUGCAUACCUGGAAGAUAGAACACUGUGGAGAAAUAACUUAGCUGCACAUAUGAAAUUGUUUCCUGAAUGAAUUUUCACUCUGCUGUGGAGUGUGAAACUUUCUAUGCAAAUUAAAACUGCAUGCUGGACAUAUAAUUUUAUGCGUUCAUUCUGGACUUUCAUUUGACAGGUGAAGUGAGGAAAAGAGUAUCGAUGUGUCAACCAUAUUGGAAAUCAGUAAGGUUAAGUUCAGGUUUUUUUAAACCAGAGAUGUGUUUUGAGCAGGUUAUGGAGGUUAGUAGGAGAUUAAGAUAACUGAUAGAAUUAAUACUAUGUGUAGAUAGAUAAAUAAUUAUUUAGAAUUUAUUCUAAAAUUAUUUCAUGUAUUAUAUUAAGGCCUGAAUGUAGAAAACUUUUUUGUGGCAUAAUGACUUGCGGCCAGCAAAAUUUUCAGAUAUGACAGAACGUAUUAAAAAAAAAAAAUAAAAAUAAAGCACCUGUAAGAGGCUUCCAGAAUAACAUGUCCACUUUUAGGGAAAGACAAAAAAAAUCUCUGUAAUCUGCCCAUCUACAUUCAUGAUGUCAUUCACCACCAGCCACAUUUGUCUAGAGGAUUUUUAUUGUUGCUAAACAUGGCUUCAUUAAUUUGGUGACCUCUUUUAUGUGCUCCCCUAUGAAACUGUACUAUGUUCAUAUUGCAAGCAUAUUAGUUCCUUCCCAUAUAAAAUGAGCACAUAUAAAAAAAGACAGCAUAUUUUAUGGUGAGCUUAUGUAUUGCACCUAAGAAACGAAAGCAUCCAGUGGUGUAGACUCUCGGAGUUACUUCACUGGAAAAGUGCUGGGAAUUUCUCCUUGGCAGUGUUUUGGAGGUGAAAGAGGAGGGAGAAUAUAUGGAAUUAUAUACACAAUUCAUCCUGUUUGUAGACUUCAUAAGGAUCUGUUUGCAGAUAGAUUACUAAUCACUAAGUAGGGGAGGUAUUGAGAGCAGUUGACAGACUUGUAGAAAAGGUUGAUAAUGAGCUGAGAUUCCUGAGAUCUGACACACUAUGUAUUUAUCUCCCUAUCAUUGUUCUUUACCCCCCCCCCUCCCCCUCCCCCCUUGUUACAGUUGCUAGCUUUCCUCCUGCCUCUAUGUGUAGUAACAACCUCAUUUACAUGUUUAUACUUUUACCUCUCCUCUGCAAGAUUUCUAACUCCUUUUGUUCUUUGGGGCCCAAAGUGCAAAAUAUGUCUUCUAAUGACAAGAUUGUUAUGAAUACAGCCAGCUAUACUACUCUUUAAAUGAUUUUUAUUUAUGAAUCACUCAUAAUGAACCCAUUUUGGCAUAUUGCCAUCAUCAGACACUCUGUAAAUACAUAAGUAAAUAAUGGGUUUAAAGUAAUGGUCUGUAACUAUGAUCAGACUUUAGGUGCUUUUACCUUCCAUGUAAUAUAGUUGCUGCGAUCUCUUGUCUUUUUUUGUAGAAUUAUUACUUUCUUCUUAGAUGCAUACAGCAACCUCACAAAUUUACUGGAUGAAAAAACUGACCUAAAGCACGAAAAGUACAUACAAAAGUUUAUUCACAUUCUAAAGCAAGAAAACGGGUAAAGUAAUAAAUCAGAGACACUAAAUGACACGUAUCCAUAGUAAUAGCGAUAACUAUAUGAAGAGUAUAGAACGAAUACAUAAAACCAAGAAAACAUGACAAAACAGAUAAUAAGAAAUUAUUACAAAAAAUACAUACACGUGUGUAUAAAUAUAGUUAAGGCUCACCGGCCACUUGACCAUCUUCUUCUGUGCGAAUGCACAAACAGUGCCCGAACUCUUACGGGAAUCUGCAACGCGCCGCAAGUAAUGAGUAUAAUGGGCAGGGGCACUACAAAUGUAGUGCGAGACAAUACGUUGAGAAUGUGGGUUUCGUGGGGGCAUGCCAGAGAUAAAUCCCUGCAGUCGCGAUAUCUUCUGUGCCCUCGGUGGUUCAGAUGGAUAGAGCGUUUGCCAUGUAAGCAGGAGAUCCCGGAUUCGAGUCCCGGUUGAGGCACAUAUUUUCAUCUGUCCCCGUUGACGUAUGUCAACGCCUGUAAGCAGCUAAGGGUAUUCAUUUCAUAGUAAAUAAAUACACGUAUCCAUAUAAUAGCGAUAACUACAUGAAGAGUAUAGAACAAAGACAUAAAACCAAGAAAACAUGACAAAACAGACAAUAAGAAAUUAUUACAAAAAAUAUAACAUAAAAAUCUCAAAUAAAACUAAAAUAAAUUACAGGCAAAAACAUUAUUAGAACCAAACCUAUAAAAAUAAUAAAACAGUUGAAUUUCCACACAUCACUGAUUUAUAAUGGUAACCAUGUAAACAUGUAAUAUUGCUGAUCCACUGUCAUCCAAUCUGUCAAAAGAAAAACAGUGUACACAAAAACUGACUAAAGUCAGAUAUCCAUCUUCAGUGUACAUCUAAGGAGAAAAUAAUAAUACUACAAAAAAGACAAGACAUGGCAGUAACGGUAUUGCAUGGAAGGUAAAAGCACCAAACAAAUGUAUUAUAACUUUUCUGGCUAUCGUUACAGACCAUUAUAUUAAGAUCAUCAUUUACUUAUGUAUUUACAGAGCACCUGAUGAUGGCAAUAUACCAAAAUGGGAUCAUCGUGAGUGAUUUAAAGAUCAAUGUAUCUGGCUGACAUUCAUAAUAAUUUCUAACUUCACUUGUCAAGUGAGUGAGAGUCUAUUUCUCUCUAUUAGGUCUUUUAAUCAAUUUUCAUACAGACUAAAUGCUGCUCUCAGCUUUCAAAUCUGUACAUAAAUUUUGUAAUCCAAUUCCCUGUCUUUACCGGAUUAUGAUUAUGAUUAUUAUUAUUUUAUUACUUUUUUUACAAAAAUAUUGCAGUCAUCUACCCUGUAUUUAUUGAUUUUUUUUUUAAAUUGAUUUUAUAAAAAUAGUUUACUCAUCUUUCCUGUAUUUACUGAAUUUAAGUACAUUUCUUGGUAUGUCACAUAAUGGCAUUAAAACUAAAGAUAAGUUGAGAUCUGAUUCUUUUAGAUAUGCAAUUGAUCUCUCCCUGUUUGCCUCUCUGCUAACUCUACUGUAGUUCUAGUUUUUAUGUUAAUGUGUUCAUUAGUGUUUGUAAUGUAACUGGUGCAGGUCACCAAAUGGGCAGUGUUGUUAUAAUUAUUUAAAAUGCAAGGAAUUGUGUACAACUGUGUUUAAUAUUAGUUUUUGAGUCCCAUUUUAAAUUUUAUGCUGCUCUGUGAGUUACCAGGAUUUUGCUGUGAUCAAAAUAAAUACAAAAGCUUAUUUUGCACAGUAAAUAGAAUUUAUAGACAUUGUGCAGAAAUGUAUAAAAAGAUCAUUUCUUGGUGAAACUGUGUGUAAGUUUACAUUUUAAAAAGUUGUAAUAAAUCUCUCUGAUGUGACUGAGCCAGUCAAUUCUGUUUCUGUUGAGGUUGGUGUGAAUAAAAGACUUGUCAAAUUGUUUCGACAAGUACCUUUAAAGUGCCAUUCCGAGAACUGUUCAUUUAAAUGCUUUCUAGUUCUAAAACUUAUUCUGAUUGCAGUGAAAUAUCAAUAUUAUCAUGUGAUUUUUCUGUUUAAGUUUGAAUCUGGCUAAGAAAAUUGUUGCAUUACUUAAUCUAAUUUGUUCAAAAUGGUUUUUGAUUUGUUAUAUCACCAUCUUUAGGUCGAAUAAUAAAUCUUUAUCUCACUAGUGUAACACAAGUAUGUGUGAACAGUAUGAGUACAAUAAUAAUUUUUCUUAUAAAAGAGGAACAGAAGGAAAAAGAAGAAAAUUAUAAAUGUUGAUGAUAAUUAGCAGAUAACAUGCUGAUUCAUUGAAAGUAACUGAAAAACAUUCAGAUUUAGGCACUGAGGUCACUAUUUGUAGCUGUGGUUGAUUGGCCAUGUUGCAGCUGGUAUACUGAUGGAGCUUAUUAUUAUUAUUAUUAUUAUUAUUAUUAUUAUUUAUUGUAAUUAUUAGUUACCAUUAGAAACUGAUGCCUGGGCUGAUAAUGGUAUAUUGUGACUACUUAGAGGGGAAAAAAUUAAAAUCUACCCGUGAUAAAUUUGUAUGAUAACACAGUACUUUUAUGAUGUUACCACUCAGGGUUUUAAAGGUACCAUAUACCUCAAACUGCUCAGUAUCAUUUGAAAACUGUGGUCCAUAAUACAACCAAAUAUCCGGUAGUAUUUUUGUUCUGUAUUCAUUGUUCAAACUGGAAUCAUAACAAAAUGCUGGACCUUCAUGUAAGUCAAAAAUUUAUGGUAACUUUUACAUAUUUUUGAUUAAAAUUAUCCUGGUUAGUUGAGUGAACAAAGCAGCAAAAACUGCCAGCAAGUGUGCUGACUACUAACUUUUCUCUGAACAUCUGAAACUAUUUCUAUUUUUUUGUUUAAAAAGAGUAAAGUUUUUAAUUACUGAAACACUUAUCCAGCAUCUAAAGUGUUUUAGACUUGCAGAUAACUGAAGUGAGGCAUGUUUUCUUAGUUUAAAUGACAAAGAAGUGUAGUGCAUUACCUUUCUGAUACUGAGUUUAAAGUCUGAUGGUGAUCUCAGCCUUUUUCAUUUUUUUAUAAAUAAGUAGAUUAGUGCUUAAUGUAAUGAAAGAGCAUGUUAAAAACCUUUUUAAUUUGUGUACAAUGUCUUUCCAAAUGCCGAAGAGACUUUCAUGUUGUUGAAAUAAAGAAUUUUAUA